AUGGCUGUGAAUAAUCAUCCCCUUGAGGAUCAAAGAUUAGCAGGAGUCAAUGAAGAACUAGAAUGGAAGAGAUACAUUCCAUUAGGGUAUACGUUUUAUCCAACUGAUAAAGAGAUUUUUGACUAUCUGAAAGAAAGGGUGCGUGGGGAACACAUCUUGCCUGAACUCAUUUACGACACAGAUGUCUAUCAGUGUAAACCAUCUGAUCUUCCAGGCUUAGAUAGAGAAUCAGAGUACUCGUACUAUUUUACGCCGAGAGAUCGAAAGUAUCCAAACGGAAAACGACUUUGUCGGUCUACAAAGGAUAAUAUUGGGUAUUGGAGAAUGACCAGCAAGCUUAAUCCACAAACAGAGUCUGAUGGGUCACCCUUAGGGAAGAAGAACACCCUGGUUUACACCCUCAAUGCGAAAGGCGUAUAUGGCAAUGGUUUCAAGACGGAUUGGAUAAUGCAUGAAUACGUGCUCGAUGAAAUUCGAUACCCGAUGAAUGAUGUUGUGCUGUGUAGAAUUUAUGAAAAGAAAUCAAAGCAAGUAGGAAAAGAAAGAGAACAGAGCCCCAGUGAGUCCCAAGGAAGGUUGUGUACUGAAUCAUCAGUUGUAGCUCAUCAUCAAACAAAUCUUAUUGAGAGGAAGCAAUCACCAAUCCAUCACAUAGUACUUGAGGUUGGCGAACCGAGCUGCGGUGGCCAAUGGAACACCCCACAACCUUAUGAACCAAGCAAAAAGUCCAGGCACUUGGUUGGUGAACCUUGCCAAUUACCCACAAAGUCUAGUCCUUUUCAGGCUCAAUUGUGCCAAAUAAGCAGGCUUGACCACCUGAUUUCUGAAAGGUCUGCAUUGUGGGUUGGUAAGUCAAGUGUAGCUUCCCAAUUGAACCAAAUACAACCUAGUCAAGAAGAAGCUGCUUUCAGGCCCUUGAGUGCCAGACAACCAAUAUGGGGGCAAAAUAGUGAGACAAUUUCAGGCCUAGUAGUUGGCAACUCUAUAGCACAAUCAAGUCUGAUAUCAUCCAUGAACAACCUUGUUUUCAGCAAUAAUGGACAUGAUCAGCAACCACAGAACAACUUGAGUGAAGAGUACUUCAAUUUUCAGACACAGAUGCCAUGUGAGUCCUCAAAUGCCUGGUUUUCGAAAAACCUUGUUUGCAGCAAUGGACAUGAGCAACAACAGAACAACUUGAGUGAAGAGCACCUCAAUUUUCAGACAGGCAGUGUUAGAGGAAACCAACGGCCAACCAUCGUGACAUCGAUGGCUGAGCUUCUUGCUCCAUCAACAAGCAGCUCGGCCGCCUUUUCACAAACACCAGAUCAAAUAACACUAGAAGAAGCUGAAGCGUUCUUGCUUGGAUGUUGA